AACCAGGAGAAGCCAAACUUAGUCAUCCCUCUGGAAUCGCGAAGAGCGCCCGGCCAGCGGCGGGACUGCACGCGCUGCUCAUGGCUCUGUACGAGCUCUUCUCUCACCCCGCCGAGCGCGGCUACCGCGCGGGGCUCUGCUCCAAAGCCGCGUUGUUCCUGCUGCUGGCCGCCGCCCUCACCUACAUCCCGCCGCUGCUGGUGGCCUACCGGAGCCACGGGUUUUGGCUGAAGCGGAGCAGCUACGAGGAGCAGCCGACCGUGCGCUUCCAGCACCAAGUGCUCCUCGUGGCCCUGCUGGGGCCGGAGCACGGCGGGUUCCUGGCCUGGAGCACGUUCCCCGCCUUCAACCGGCUGCAGGGGGAUCACCUGCGCGUCCCGCUCGUUUCGUCUAGAGAAGAAGACAGGAACCAGGAUGGGAAAAUGGACAUGUUACAUCUUAAGCUGGAGCUUCCUCUGCAGCCCACAGAGCACGUCCUUGGUGUGCAGCUCAUCUUGACCUUCUCCUACCAAUUGCACAGGAUGUCAACCUUUGUGAUGCAGAGCAUGGCAUUUCUCCAGUCUUCCUUUGCUGUUCCUGGGUCCCAGUUGUAUGUAAAUGGAGACCUAAGGUUGCAGCAGAAGCAGCCGCUAGGCUACAGUGGCCUAGAUGUCCGAUAUAAUGUGUCUGUGAUCAAUGGGACCAGCCCUUUUGCCUACGACUAUGACCUAACCCACAUUGUUGCUGCCUACCAGGAAAGGAAUGUUACCACCGUCCUGAAUGACGCCAACCCCAUCUGGCUGGUGGGCAGGGCCGCGGAAGCUCCAUUUGUGAUUAAUGCUGUCAUCCGAUACCCUGUGGAAGUCAUUUCUUACCAGCCAGGAUUCUGGGAGAUGGUGAAGUUUGCCUGGGUCCAGUAUGUCAGCAUCUUGCUCAUCUUCCUCUGGGUGUUCAAGAGAAUCAAAAUAUUUGUGUUUCAGAAUCAAGUGGUGACUACAAUCCCUGUAACAGCAAUGCCCCCGGGAGAAGUCUAUAAGGAGCACUUAUCCUAAGAAGACCUUUCUGAAGACUCAGCAGGACCGAGGCUACCUCACUGUUGUCUUCUGAGAACUGCCGUGUUACCACAUUUCUGAAAACAGUGCGGUGGACACGUGAAGGCUUACAUAAGAGUUUUUCCCCUCAGAGACAAAAGACAGUUCUUUCCAAUCUUGCUCUACACAAAUCCCAUAUUUUCUUAAGCACCAAC